UUCAAACACAUACAAAUCCACAAAAUUCCAAAGAAUGUUCUCCCCAGCCUUUUUCACCGCUUAUACUCCAUUUAAUCGCUCAAAGACUCCAUUUUAUGGAAACCGUUGGAUGGACCGAUUCAAUCGAAUGGAUAAUUGGAUGCAACCAAUGGAUUAUUAUUUUGAUGAAUAUAUGGGGUUUCAAAUGCGUGACCACGCCGCCCAAAUGAAAAUUGAACCUAAUGGGGAUUUUACCUACAAGGUGGAUGUAUCUGGCUUUCGUCCAGAAGAAGUAACUGUUGAAAUUGAGGGAAAUGAAGUUGUAGUUACCGGAGAACAUUUCAAUAAACAAAUUGAAGGAGAAACAGUCCAUCGUCAAUUUACUCGUCGUGUCUAUAUUCCCGAGGGAAUUAAAAAGGAAACUUUUAAAUGUGAAUUUGACAUUAAUGGACGUUCAAUAUUUAUAACUGCCAAACAAACUGUUGAGGGAAAACGUUCAAUUCCGAUUGAUUUUAAUCCAGUUAACAAAAUUAAAGAUACUGAAACUAAUACAAAAUAG